AUGUUUCGCCUGCUUCCCUGGCCCUCUGCUAUAGGGAAUAAAGUGGAAGAGGUCAAAAUGCUGGCCCCAAACUGCACAGACAUCAAUACUCUGCUGCCCCAGCUCAAGCGCAAACGCUCCGACUCCGACGCGACCGAUGCGCCCGCGCCGACGAAAGUCUGUUCGGAUUCGAUUUCUACGCGCCCAUCUCCGGCCGUGAUCGCAACUGACUCGGUCUCGGUCGCUCCAACCCCCUCUACUCCAACUACCUCUUCAAACUCACCGGUCACGUCCACGCGACAGCCGGCGCAGGCCGCCGUCGUCGCCAGACCUAGUGUGACCCGACUUCGGGAAACUAUCACCGCCCAGCUGAGCUUGGAGGUGUUGCUUAAGCACAACGAACUUCGCCUUAUUGACCAGGAAAUUGCCAAGUGUCAAGUCGCUCUGGAACAGCUGCGACGUUGUGGCGAAAUCCCUUAUCCCGGAUCCCGUGUUACGGGUGUCUCGCCGGAUGUGAGCUCGGGAGCGGGCGCGUCAGUGCUGGCACCUGGAAAUGGUCCGGCUCCGAUGUCGCCUGCUCCCUGGGGUGUAACGGAAGGCCCUUACGCCCGUCACUACGCACGGUGGUUGAUUCCCGACCCUCGCUUCGACGGUGGUGAGGUCGACUCUGGGAUGCUAGCAGGUUCGCUGGUUGAGGGUCGAUCGACGCGUGGGAAUCCUGGCGAGAUGGGUAUGCUUGCAGGCAAGACUCGCCCCCAGCGAGGCUCGACUGGCGCCAAGCAUACCGCAUUGUCGACUGGCUACCCUGUCGUCAAGGAGAAGUCCGGGCCGAUGCUCAUUCGGCGCAAGUCGGAUGGUGUCCUGGUCAAGCUGGUCUGUCUGGACUGCCGGCGCGAUAACUUCUCCAGCACUCAGGGAUUUAUUAACCACUGUCGGAUUGCGCACAACCGCAACUUCGCCAGCCACGACGCUGCUGCCAUGGCGUGUGGUCAAUCUGUUCAGGUGGACGAUGCCGGGAUUGUGGUCGGUGGCUCUGCUGAGCCCACUGCUAAUCCAACAACCCCAGGCUACGUGCACCCUCUGAUCCGCUCUACCCACGUUGCUACGACCCCUUGGAAAUCUCUUCAUACGCCCGCCAAAGACCUUGUCACUCCCCGCAAACCGACUACGGCUGCCACAUCCGCUGUUGCCACUCCUCCCUCGACUGCUGAACCGGCCUACCGACGACGCUCCGAGCCCAUCCGACAGCCUCCGAACCCACAAUUUUUGGCUUCACCUGCCACUCCUCAUCUGUCCGCUCUCAUGAAAUCACGUGGUGCUGGUCUAGACAUGGAAAAGCUGGUAGAAGAAUCCCGAAAGCCUGUAGAUCUUAGUGGUCUCUUCGACGAUGACUCGGAAACCGAUGACUCUCGUGUGCCGUCCGCGGGAGUCAGCCAUGCAUCCCUUGGUGCUCGCGCCGGUCGCCAGCCUAUGCGCAUGCCUGUUGGUCAAACCCCUGGAGAGUCCGAGAGCCGAAAGGCCCUCGACCGCGCACACAGUCCGCCCAUGGAACAAGCAACUCCGUCGCGCCCCAAGACCUUUUUGGAGCUUUCGCUUGCUGGCCAGUCUCAGGCCCGGGAAUCUGACAGCCUGGAUCAUCAAACCCUCAGUCCUCAUGCCAUCGAAUCUAACCAAGCCCCCAGCUUGGUCAGUGAUGAUGAAGAUGAUUAUGAGGCAGCCUCUGACUCCGACAGCCCUGCUUCAUCCGAAGCAGAUGAGCAGGAGCAGGAGUUCCGCCACAUCCAGGUCGAGGAUGACGAGCGUGCCGCUGCCCCGUCAGCUGCCGCUGAAGCCAAGCCAGGACCGUCCCUCGCGAGUCCUGCGCCGCAACCCGGGCCACCUCUGUCCCAGCCAUUGAAGCGCAGUCGCUCCAAGAAGAUCUCCUCCAUUGUCCCAUUCAGUGACGACGACAAUCAGCACGUGGGCUAUCUCCAUUCCACCUCCGCGGAGAAUGCUGCCAAGGCUAAGCGUGCCGCCGAGCGCAAGCCCAAUCCUUCUAAGCGGUAA